UUUUGCCUAAAACAUAAAGCGCGGGAGGCGAGGAGGGCGACGGGAACUUUUCUGGAGCCGCGUUUAAUCCCCACGAAGGCGCGUUUGAUCCUGCCGGGCGUGUGCUACGAUAUCCACGUGGCUGCCUGCAAGAGAAUAUCUUAACAGUUUGUGUGGAUUGGUUACCAUCAGACCAAGGACAUGGCUUUGAACCCCCAGUACCUAGCCAUCGGUGAACAGUUCGCCAAACAGUAUUACACGCUCUUUGAUGACCCAGCAUGCAGAGCGCAACUGAUCAACUUGUACAGUCCGGAGAUGAGCCUGAUGAGCUUUGAGGGCUCCCAACAUCGAGGAGCACAAAAAAUCAUGGAAAAGUUUGCUGCGCUGACGUUUGCGAAGAUCCAGCACAUCGUCACUACAGUGGAUUGCCAACCCAUGUUCGACGGCGGCAUCCUCAUCAACGUUGUUGGACAGCUCAAGACGGACGACGAUCCGGUGCACGGCUUCUCGCAGACGUUCGUGCUGAAGCCGGUGCCGAACGGUCAGGGCUUCUUCUGCCAGCACGACGUCUUCAGGCUGGCCAUCCACAACGUCUGAGCGCGCGCCGCGGGCCGGAACUGGACACUGCCGGGCGGCCGGCCAGUGCGCGCCGCCGCCGCCAGGGGCGCCCCGAUCGGCGAGGCGUGGGACUCGCGAGGUGGUGCCCUCCUCUCAGGCGGGAGGUGGCCGGCGCACGUGGCGUCCGACGCCUCUCGCUCCCGGUGUCCGCGAGAGGCAGCGGCAACGCCGUGGCAGCCUCCAGUGAUGUGGCGUUGCGCGCUGGGCAUAGCACGUAGCUUGUUUCGGUAGACCCGUCGCGGCUGAAACGCCCGUCUUACAUGGAUAACACGUCUGGAGCACCGGUUCACGCUCUAAAGAGCUCGCUUGCGAUCCAUUUCGGCCAGGGAGGCAAAAUCGGCUCGUCGUUUUGCGCUUCGUCCGCCCUUUUCUUACAAUGUGCCUUUGCAUGGCGUUCGGCGGGUUUGCGUUGCGUCCUGCUCCGUUGACGGCGACCCACUCGCGUGCGGGCAGCGCGCCCGCCGCGUCCGCCGCGUCCGCCGCUGCCGCCGCGGCGCCCACUGCGGUCUGUCGGCCUUCAGCCGUGCGACUCUCGGCGUGGAGGGUCGGCGCCCGGGGUGGAGGCUGCAGGGGGGCCGCUACUAACACUGGUGAUACGGCGGCCGGGCUGCGUCGGUCGCCGCCGCCGCCGGAAGCCAGGACCGGGCAGCCCAUUUUAAGUGUACUUACAGCCUGCGUGUAAUAAACGUGUUAUGCGGU